GGUUUCUCGAACAUUCUCUGAGUCUGAGUUUGUUUCUUCUCUACGGGACGGCGAUUGCGAGAGCGACAGGCUUCUUCUAUUUCUCUUCUCUCUCAGUGUCUCUCCUCCGACGGGAUAAGUAAUCGAAGAUGAAUGCACUCUUUCUACAAUCUGUGAGAAAUGCUGCUGGCCGCUGUCAUCCGGAUUGUGACCGAGCAAGCAAUAUGCAAGAAGAUUACGAUGCAUCUCAACAUGCAGCUUUGGUAGCGGUGAAUCUGAUUAGCUCUGCACGGGUUAUCCUCAACCUUGACGCCGAGUUUACUGAGUACUCAGCUCAGUAUUUGGUGGAUAACGCUGGGAAGGAAGACGAGCAGGGAGAAAUGGAUCUUCAAAGCUCUCAGGCCACUCCCGAAAACUGCAUGAAGUAUUUGAUGGAACAUGUAAUGAACAAGAUGGAGGACAGGCAGGGAGAAAUUGAUCAACAACGCCGUGAGCUCACUGUCAAAGACUGCUUUGAAUGUGCUUUCAAAAAAGGGUUGCCGAGAAGAGAACUUUGGGGACAUUUGGGAUGCAUGUUCAAGGCUCCUCCAUUUGCUUGUCAGUUACCUCGCGUUCCCAUGAAAGGAGAAGUGAUUGAGGUUGAGAAAUUGGAUGAUGCAUUGAAGCUGUUGAUGAAACAACCAGUGGGAGCAAGACUGCAUUUGUUCAGUCCAGAGAUUGAUCGUGUUGGAGAGGGAAUUUACAAUGGCCCAUCAGCUAAUGGAACACGCUAUGUUGGACUUAGAGAUGUGAUAAUGGUCGCAGUGGAUACAAUCGAGGGAGAACGUGUUGUGACAGUGAAGAUAGUAUACAAGAAGAAAACUUCAUUUGUCAAGGUGUGUGCGAGAGGUAUGCUUCUCCAGCUUAAUUGCGAGGGCUCUGAGGUCAAAGAGCCGACAGGUCUCCUUGUUGGUUUCUCUGUCCCGCGCUUAUCUAUCAACUAAGCAAGUGCUGGGAUCGUGGUAAGUAUCUGGAGAACUUUAUGCUAGUUGUUGAACUUGUUUGUUGGUCCUAUGUUAAGAAUGUUUUAUCAGACUUAUUUUAUGUUUAAGAAGUUAUAAGUAUCUUGAAAACCCUAUGUUUGUUGUGGAACUCAGUUUGUAUGUUCUGAAAUUAAGAUUGUUUUAUGAGACUUUUA